AUGGAGUCGAUUUUCAUAAUCCUUAUCAUUUUUGGUUGCAUGAUCAUCGUAUUUGGCGGGAUGAUUGGUUUAAACAGCUACUUAAACAACAAGGAUAAGAAGAGCACAAGAAUGAAUAUGGGAAACACGCGAAAUGGUCAAGGAAAUCGUAACACCAAUGGAGGUGUGGUCAUUAGGGUUGGUGGAGCGGCCAGUACUGGUGGUGGAUUUGGUGGCGGUGGAGGAGGCAGCGGCAGCGGAUUUGGGGGUGGCGGAUGCGGUGAUGGAGGAGGGGGUGGCGGAUGCGGUGGUGGAGGAGGCUUGUCAGCCUGGAUAAUUGGUAUAUGUAGCUGCAUAAAGAACCAGGGACAGAGCACAGGAACAAAUAUGGGAAACGCGCGAAAUCGUCAUGGAAAUCAUAUCACAGAUGGAGGUGUGGUUAUUAUGGUUGGUGGAGCCGCCAGUACUGGUGGUGGAUGUGGUGCUGUAGGAGGUGGCGGGGGAUGUGGUGGUGGAGGAGGGGGCGGCGGAGGAGGGGGUGGCGGAUGCGGUGGUGGAGGUGGAGGCGGCUGUUAA